GACCAAAGAGUAGUAUAAAAUAUGAGAUGACAAUUGACAGACAAUGACAUUGACUUAUAUGGUGUUUUAUUAUUUAUUUAUUUAUAAUUGUAAUUUGUAAACGUUAAUUCUUGGAUCCGAAAAAAAAUAAUAUUACAAUGAACGAGAAUACAAAAAAACUAUUUUUUAAUAAAUCAACGUUAUUCAGUUUAAAAGCAGAACUAUUAAAAAAACAAGAGGAGGUACGAGAAAAAAAAUACCUACCACAACAUCGUUUAGAGAAUUUUAAGCCUUCAAUAAAGGCAUCUGAUAAUAGCAAGCAAGAAGGUCAUAAAGAAAAAAAGUCACUUAAAGAUAACCUUGUAGCCAAAAAUAUUGAUGACGCAGAGGCAUACCGAAAGUCAAAGGCUGCAUUGGAAAAGAAAGCUCAAUUAUAUGAACAUCUAGCAGAUAGUGCUGGAAACUCACAAUUAGCUGAUCGCUUUUUAGUUGAUUUCAAAGAAAAAAAACAACAAGAUAUUACUAAAAGAGAGAGUUGUGAUACAAAAUCCAAUCCAAUUGUAGAGUCUGACACAGAAGUUUAUAACGAAGAUGAUGAUGGCGAUUGGGUGGAAUAUGUAGACUGCUUAGGCAGGACAAGAAAAUGUCACAAGUCCGAUUUAGAUCUGUAUAAGAAAAGGGAUGAAGAACUAAUUAAGUUACUGCCUAACAAUGAAGAUGAAGCAGAUGCUGAACAAUCAGCCACACAAAAAUCAGAAAAGCCAUUUUUAGUCCAAAAAACAAAUGACUAUCUUCAAUCAUUAAGAGAAAAAUGGGAACAAAAAGAAAAAGAGCUGUUGGCUAAAGACAAUGACAUUCAUUACCAAGAUCUUUUGUUUGAUGAGGCAAGAAUGCAUGGUGUUGGUUAUUAUUCAUUCAGCACGGAUGAAGCUGAGCGUAGAAAGCAAAUGGAGGAACUGAUCAAGAAGCGAGAUGAAACCCUAAAAGCCCAAAAGCAAGCUGAGGAAAUGAGGAAGAAGCGUGAUGAAUUGGUUGCAGCUAGGGUUGCUGCAGCUCGGGCUAGACAGAGAAUGAGAGCUGGCUUACCACCUGAUGAUCCUGAAGAAAAGAAAAACGAAUUCACAAAGUGCCUUCUCGAAUUCUUAAACGAAAAGAAGAAUGAAGCAGAAAACAAAGCGAAGGAGGAAGAGAAAAGAUUGCGAGAGGAACGUGAAAAAGAAAGGCAAAAGCAGAGGGAUGCAUAUAUCCGCGAAUGGGACUUGGGCAAAGAUGGCGUUGAGGAUAAAGUGAAGAAAUUUAAAGAAAUGUCGCAAGAGGAAUAUGUGGAACAACAAAGAGCGAAACGAAUAGAUGAGUUUGCACCACCUGAUACAUCUAAAGUUUCUCAUAAGUCGGAAUAUACAUUUGAUAACCAAGGGAGUAAACUGGAUUCAAAACAAAAGAAGACGUGGUCAGAUGUCAGGCCUGCUACACCGCCCCCGCCUAAUAUCGGUGAUGUUAGUAACAUAGAACAGAAGGGUCUUUAUUUCACGACAAAGAAACCCGAAAAAAUUGUUAAAUAUAAAAACUUCAUAAAAGCACCAGAAGUAUUUCCUAUACAUAAUGAAUUAAGUGACGAAGAGGACCAGUCAAAUAAAAAGAGGCUCGAGAAAAGAAAGCAUGAAUCAAAUCACGCUGAAAUAGCACCACCGCCCACUUACGAGUAUUAUGGGCCUGUUCCCAAAAACGCUAAAUCGAAAGCUCCCUUCCAUUCGGACAUAAGGGAAUCGUUUGCACAGGGUGCAAAAAGUUUGGAAGCUAAGCCAAGUAGUAUACAUUUAUCGAAACAUUAUGACUUUACAUUUGAGUAGAAUGUGACUGUAGUUUUAUAAUUUAAAAUAAAACAAGAAUAUAAUACAA